CAUGUGCAAUUAAGGAAACAAACUGAGCUGUCAUCAGAAUAAAAAUUGUGUAACCACUGUAAUGCACAUAAUGAUAAGAUGUACAUAUUAUUUGUAGUGCAAUGUUUACUGGCGAUUUCACAUAUUUCCCUGGAAAGAGAAUGUUUUGGAAAAAAUGGUUUUGAAUGCUGUAAUGGCUUCAUAUGGAAUGCAAAUAUUGGAAAAUGUGAAGAAUGUUCCAGAGGUUACUAUGGACAAGGAUGUUUGCUGAAAUGUAAAUAUCCAAGUUAUGGUGAAAGAUGCCAAUACGAGUGUUACUGUGAACCCUCAUUUUGUGACCCAGCUGAUGGCUGUUAUUCAUUGAAAACUAAAGGAAUACAGUUUGCGUCCUCGCAUCAGAACCUCAUCACAGACCAAAGAUUUACAAGAAACACUUUUUUCGAAAAUCAUCAAACCGUCACAUUUUCGAAUUCAAAUCAUGUAAACAGCAGUUUUCAACUCCCUAUAAUUACUCAAAAAGACACCUUUUUAUUAGUCAUAACCAUAUCAUCUAUCGUGCUUUUCAGUAUAGUAUUUAGUAUACUUAUGUUCUUUCGGAAUAACAGCAAAGGUUGUCAAAAGAGAACAAAAAUGGCUUUAGAGUCAAAUUCUGUAUCAAAUAGGAUAUCAGAGGUAGACAAUCCAAGAGGAACCGAAGAAGACAGCGUUUCAUAUUUACGUUCGCAUGAACUUCAACAGAAUGCUAUUAUAGAAAAUGAGCACACGUCUCAUAUGUAUGAAGAGAUAAAAGAAGAACAGUAUGGUAAAUUAGAACAGAGCUUCGAGGAUAAACAGUACCUUCAUAUUACUGAUGAAGUAACACCAUAUUUGAAGGACCCCAAUCUUGCCAUAGAAGUGUAUUUGACACCAGUGACAUUUGGAGAUCAGCAUGUUACGGGCUCGAAAGUGAUGAAUGAUAGAGCUGAGUAUAUCACGCCUGUUAGUUGACGCCCAUACAUUUAUUAUAAUGAAUACUUACUGUAUUAAGACACGUAAUUAUCAACUAAUACAUUAUAUUAAAUUCAUUAAACAUUAAAAUAAUAAUCUC